GCCCCGCGCCGACAUCCACCCGCUGGCAUGUACACUAGAAUGUGAAGGAAAGCUGCCUUCUGCCAAGGCCUGGGAGACCUGCAAGGAGAUGCUGCAGCUGACAAAACUGGACCUCUCUGAGGAUGGAAACGCUGCUCCAGGAGACAAAAAAGAGCUGGAUGAGAACCAUCUGCUUACCAAGAAAUAUGGGGGCUUCAUGAAGAGAUACGGGGGUUUCAUGAAGAAAAUGGAUGAGCUCUACCACCCAGAGUCAGAGGAUGAAGCUAAUGGAGAAGAGAUACUGGCUAAGAGGUACGGAGGGUUCAUGAAGAAGGACUCAGAUGACGAUGCCCUGGCUAAUUCCUCUGAUCUGCUGAAGGAGCUUUUAGGAGCAGGGGAUAACCCUGAAGCGGCGCAUUACCGAGGAAUAAAUGAAAAUGAUGGAGACGUCAGCAAAAGAUACGGCGGCUUCAUGAGAAGCAUAAAGCGCAGUCCAGAACUGGAAGAUGAAGCCAAAGAGCUGCAAAAGAGAUACGGUGGUUUCAUGAGAAGAGUGGGGAGGCCAGAGUGGUGGCUGGAUUACCAGAAACGGUACGGCGGCUUUCUCAAGCGCUUCGCUGAUUCCAUUCUCCCUUCAGAAGAAGAUGGGGAAACUUAUUCCAAAGAGGUCCCAGAGAUGGAAAAGAGAUACGGUGGAUUUAUGAGAUUUUAAUACCUUUCCCGUUAUCCCUUUUGUCCUAAAUGAGAGAGACUGCCUUAUUGGUCAUAACUUAUUGUAAUGUGUUGCUUGUACUGUACAGUUUUUUUACUGUCCUGGUUAAUGAUGCAACCUGUGAUCUGUUGUUCCAGGUCCUGUGUUCUUUCAAGUCAAAUAACUAAUUUCUGGUUUAGUCAAGUUUCAGUCUGUGCUGUAGUUUCCACGCUAAAAUGAUUUUGAUUACUGUAUUCAUUUUCUUUAAACAGGAGGUACAUCUACAGUAGAAUUGCUUUACUGUAUAUACAAUAAAUUCUUCAUCCUAACUGCAUCAA